CCUCCCAGUCUCCCUGCUGAGCAGCUCUCAGGACACCAGAGAGGAGUCUACUGCCAGACUCCUGGAGGGAUCACUGCUCAAUCAUUAAGAAAUUAACUAAUUAACCGACAUCUGAAGGGGCUUAACACCCACAGGAGCGCAUCCUGGGAGAGUGGGAGUAGGAAUCCAGGAGCUGCGGUGAUGUUGGUGCCCAUCUCUGCCUCCAUCUGAAGCUGGCUCUGUCUGACACGGAGCAUGUGAACUGUGUAACUGGGAAUGUGGAUCCUUCCCAAGAAUCUCCUGACCAAAAGUAAUGACCAGUUAUUUUUCUAACUAGCCCCUCAUCUGGACUGCACCAGGACUCUGUGUGCUGCACUAAAGCCCCCCCUUCCCCGAGAUCCUGUCUGCAGGACGACACCGCUCUGCUCUUGUUUUAUAGUUUCCCAAAUAUCGAUUUUUGAAAGACAAAAUGAUUGAUCUGAGCUUUUUAACGGAAGCCGAGCAGGAGGCCAUCCUGAAAGUCCUGAACAGAGACUCAGUGCUCAAGAAGGCAGAGGAGCAGCGCGUACGUCAACUACAGUUUAAUGUCGAUGACGAGAAUGAGUUAAAGUAUAAAAGCGGCCAAUGGUUUUAUGAGGCCAAAUCAAAACGUCACAGGGAUAAAAUACAUGGAGCUGACUUGGUCAGAGCAUCAAUUAGGAAGCGGAAAAAGCCGGCAACUAUAGCCGAGCUAAGUCAGAGCAGUAAGGACAGAUCAAAGAGGAGCUGGGUGAACAGUAUCAACAAAGACAUUUUUAUUCCUCCAGAGCAGUACGGUGUCAUGGAGCCACCGGAUGAAACAGAAGAAGACCUAAUGGCUACUAAAGCCGAGUCCAACAACAGUGCAAAAAGAGUGGGCUUCAGCUCUCCAGAUACUGACAAAGGAGUGCUACCGAAUGGAAUUGCUUCCCCUGCAAAGCAACGAAAAAAUCCUUUCAACUCUGAAACUCCAGUAGAUGCAACAGACCAUGAUGCCGAGAUGUCAAACCAAAGUCCUCAAGAUGGCCAAGUGAAUGGGCAAGGAAAACCGAGAAACAUCAUGUCCUCCAUAAUUAAGUACGGUGUGAGAUUACCUUACGCAGCACCUAUCAGUGACAGGCAGACUGCACAGGAGGCUGAAGAGGACUCUUCAAUGAAACAACCUCCAGUGCCAAAACCUAGAAAGCUGUUAAUAAACGGGGGGCCUCCAGAGCGCUCUAACUCAUCACUCCAGAGAGAGGACUCUCUUAAUGGCACAAACAAACGUAGAGGAAUUUUGAAACGUAGGUCGAGUUCGAGCUCAACGGACUCUGAAAGCGUAAGAAUUCCUCCGAAUGGCGAACAAAUUAAAUUGGCUUUGCCAGCCUCACCUAUUCUGGAAGCUGAGCAGCCUUAUUUAUUUGAUGACCAAGUUUCAUCAUCAGAAAACUCACCAGACAAGCAAAAGCAAGUGAGAUUCUCUGAGAAAGUUCUUCAGAAGCCACCUACUCCAAACCUAGAAUCCUAUAACGUGCUCGAAAUUGGUGAAUUUGGAAUUCUUGAACCUAGUUCCUCUCAAAAUGAACUGGAUUAUGAAAUGGUGGACUACCCUCAUUACGAAGAGUUCAAACCAAACCGAUUCUCUUACAACUCAACGGAAGCUGUUGACCAAAGUUCUCUUGAGGAGAAGCCAACUGUUCAGAUGUCUUUAAAUUCAGCUCCGAUCUUGGACGAUGAGAAGAAAAUGGAAGACCAAAGGCGAGAAAUAAAGGACGACCGAAUAUAUGACAUUCUCGAUGAGAGACACCUCGAGAUAAACGUUGAUUCUGCUGGUACAGAAAACAUUUACGCUGAAGUGAGGAAACCUUCAAAGUCUACCUCUUCGAAUCAAGAAAAAGACUUUGCAAUGGAAGAUGCUCUCAUGGAGCCAAGACUUCUUGACCAAAGAGGCAAGACUGAAAAAGCUUACCAAAGAGAAAAAUCACUGGAGUUUGGAAAAAGUUAUGGUGGAGGUGGUAAAAUAAACUAUGGAUCCAGUUAUACCAUUAUCCAACCAGGACAAGUUUCCACCAAUGAAGACAUUUUGGCUCCUGAAAAGGCCUCAAAUACGCGGUCAUCUUAUAAUGUUUAUGAAGAUGAACCAAAGCCUAGUAUUCAUGAUGGUGACUAUUUCCCAAAGUGGAGACGUCCAUAUACUUCGGAGAAUGAAGAUUUAUUGGCAGACAGAUAUGUUAAACCCGAUCCUGAAAAUAGAACGAAUUCCAAGUAUUCUCCUGGUAAACACAAAACAGAUACUAAAUAUAAGUCCAUGUUUCUUAAAAAUACACCUGAAGUUGAAGGUAAAAUAGCAGCACCUUCAUCCAACUUUCCUGUAGCCCAAACUUUACCAUUGUCUUCCAGGCCAUUAAGUGGAGAUUACCAAACUCGUGAAAUAACUUUACGUGACAGUCCAGAAAGAAGAGACUUCCCAAAGUCUGCCAACUUCAAAGUAAUGUCGUUGAAAGAUAGAAUUCAUGAUAUGCCAAGUGAACAGCUGUCCAACCCAUCCCAGUUUCAGAGCUUAAAGCAUUUCUGGAAUGUAGAAGACAAAAAUUGGUCUAAGGGAGAUGUAGCUACAUCACCAGAAAAAAUCCUUACAGAUGUCUCCAAGAGAAACAAGCCCAUCCGAGCUGACUUUAUACAAAGAAAUUCUAAAGAGAUCCCUGUAAGUGACCUCAGUCUCCCGAGUUCAUUUGACAGCCUAUCUGAGGAGGAACAAACUUCUCAGAAAGUAGCUUCUUGGUUAGCACAGACUCCUACUGUUUAUGGGGCUGAGCAAUUAAAUGCUGAUGAAGAUCAAGUCCAACCUGGUGAAGAAGUUAUGGAAAACAUUGAUAAGACUGUGAUAAACAGGAAAAACCAAGCUGAAGAGUUUUCAAGUGCCCUUCAGAAACUAACAGCUGAAGCUUUAGAAACUCCUAAGGUUACAGAACCUGAAUAUGUGAAGAGUAAAGACAAACAGAUUUCUCCUUUUAAGGAGUCGGACUUGUUGGAUCAGAAGAAAAACACAACUACAUUUUCAGUAUCUUCGGCAGAAAAGAAGCUUCCUCCUACAAAGUUUUAUGAACGUGUUGUACAAAUUAGUAACACACCAUCCCCUGCUAAAGAAACAAAUACAUCCCCUAAACAGUCUCCAGAAGAAGAAAUUGAAGAAAGUGUAGAGAGAAGUGUUGCACCAGCAAAAACGGCAAAUGAGUUCAAAAUUGGUUUUCAGAAGCUGAUGGAAGAAUAUGAAUCUGUGCCCACCAAAUCUGACCGUGAACACCAAGAAGACCCAAACUCAAAAGGUAAGGAGCAACAACUGAUUGAAACGGAAGAGAUCAUAGAUAAAUCCUUUGUUCCCAAAGGGAAUGAUCAUCAAGAAUUUAUUGCAGCACUGAAUAGGUUGAAAAUUGAAGCCUCCACACCAUCUAUCGUUGAAGAUCAGGAUGAGCAACCUGAAACAAUAUUGAUGCAGAACUCGGCGAGUCCUGUAAAGUCUUCAUUUAAAAUUGGUUUUGAACAUCUCAUGCCAGCCGAAGAGGAUACACAUGAGUCUCCUCAGAAAUCCAGUGCAAAUUACACAGUUCAGUCAUCUCCACACCAUAAUGAAGAUACAAAUGGGAUUGAAGAAGUGGUCGAGAAAACAUCAGCACCAAGUCGAGUAGAUGAAAAUGAUUUUGGUGCUGCGCUAAAGAAACUAGAGCAGGAAGCAGCUGCCGUUGACCCUAGUGAACCAGAGGAUAACUAUGAAAAGCCAAAAAUAACUCCAACUUUGCAAAGUGCAAGGAGCACUUCUGCUGUGCAAAGCUUUGAAAUUCCAAGGUCUGAUAUACAAAACAUGGCUCCCUCAUCUAACUUCAUGGAAAAGAAAUCUGCAUUCGAAGAUCCUCUGUAUUCUAACAGAAGCAGAAAGUCAUCCGUGGAAGCUAAGGAUGCUUAUGUGACCAACACAAUUCCUGAAAAAGAAAAACCUAAAUAUUCUUUUUAUAGACAAGAAAAUCUUCCAGUGGAAGAAGAAACCAUAGAAAAGACCAUUAUUAAUACCGAAGAGAGCAAUGCGGACUAUAAGAACAGAUUAAUGCGUCUGGAAGAAGAAUCAGCAACUUUGUUACCAGAAGAACUGGAGGAUCUAUCAGUUGAUGACCCACUCCAUGUUUCACCGGCUCCGACAAAGGAAGUAUUUAUUUCAAAGAAAGUGUUUAACAGUGAAUCAAUGCCAAUUGAGCUACCUUCUUCAAGAGGUAUGCCAAAGGACCUCAGUCAACCGCAACCCUAUGCCUACAAGGAGCUGGCAAAUAAUCCUCAAUCUCCAUCUGAUCAGUCUGGCUCUUUCACAGGAAGCGCAGGAAAUGUGCUAUAUAAGAAGCCAGGCAGUUCCGAAGUAUCAAACUCUAAGCAAGGUAUGGAUAACUCAAACCCCGUUUUGAGCGCGCUGAAAAGGAGCACAGCUAAAACGCUUAACAAAGCUGUACUGGAAGUUUCCCCCACAAGUACAAAUCAAAACAACCUGAACAACCAAAAAGCAGACACACUAGGUCCUACGGAAAACUCAUUCCCAGAAAAUGCUGAAAAAUUUAAGCGGAUGAGUCAGUCUGUGCCGGCUUUCCUUCAAGACGAUACUGAUGGCAGAGAGACAGAUUCCGCAUCAGAAAGCAGUUUUCACAUUGGCAGACACAAGAAGAGCCCAAGCUCUCUAACCAAUCUUAGUGGCUCGUCUGGCAUGGCGUCAAUGUCUUCUGUAAGCGGAAGCGUCAUGAGCGUGUACAGCGGUGAUUUUGGCAACGUGGACAUUAAAGGCAGCAUAGAAUUUGCCAUUGACUAUGCGCAAGAGCUGAAGGAAUUCCAAAUCUUUAUCUACCAGUGCAAAGACCUGGCGGCGGUGGACGUCAAGAAGCAGCGUUCUGACCCGUACGUGAAGACGUAUUUACUUCCAGAGAAAGCAAAGAUGGGGAAAAGGAAAAGCGCAGUGAAGAAAAAGACACUUAACCCUGUGUAUAACGAAAUACUGAGGUACAAGAUCUCGAAAGAAUCUCUUGAGGCUCAGACGCUGAACGUAUCUGUGUGGCAUCAUGAUGUCCUCGGCCGAAACAGUUUCCUGGGUGAAGUCAAUGUAAAUUUGUCAACGUGUGACUGGCAGAAUAAAGAGAGGAACUGGUACCCACUUGAGGCACGAACACCAGCGUCUGGUAUUGGGCUAGUGAACAGAGGAGAGAUAAGACUGGCCCUGCAGUAUAUUCCGGUGUCCUCCGCUGAAGCUGGUAAAAAGCCGAGCACAUCUGGAGAAGUGCAAAUCUGGAUCAAGGAGUGUAUCCAGCUGCCGAUGCUGCGGGAAAACAAGAUCAACUCCUUCGUAAAAUGCACUAUAUUACCGGACACAAGCAGGAAAAGUCGCCAGAAAACACGAACUGUGGACAAAACGCCAAACCCUCUUUUUAACCACAAGAUGAUUUACGAUGGGUUCAGGGAAGACGACCUGAGAGAAGCCUGCGUGGAGCUGACAGUGUGGGACCACAACAAACUGUCCAAUCACUUCUUGGGAGGCACAAGAAUAGGAUUUGGAACAGGAAAGAGCUAUGGAACACCUGUAGACUGGAUGGACUCUAGUCAUGAGGAAUCAAUCAUCUGGGAAAAAAUGAUCACCUCGCCCAACAUCUGGAUUGAUGCGAUUCUGCCACUACGCAUGUUAAAGAUGGCCAAGUUCUCUAAAUAAAUGAGAAAAUAUUGUAUAUGCUUCCAUAACUUUGCGGCACUGUGAUCACUUUCCAUAACUAUGAUCCUCACUUGCUUUGUCUCAACCUCCAGUAGAUGGUUUCCCAAGCCAAAAAUGUAAUCCGGUCUUAGGCUCUCUUUCUGCCGAAUCCCCCAAAACGGGUACAAAUUCAGAAAAUAUAUGUGGCUUGGCAGCUCCAAUGAUUUAUUCAAGCCUGGAUUGGCCAUCAAAGUCCAUGAGAUGUCUAAAGGCAACCAUUAGAGAUGCCAUGUUUCACAAAUAUACCUAAAGGGGUCCGGGGGUGUUACCUAGGGUCAUGGCUGUUUUGCUUCUGAAAUCAUUUGGGGUCAAAGAUGAAGAAUCCCCAUUAUAUGCUACCUAUGUCUUCAUGAUAUAUCCCCAUGUAGCUAAAGGGGAAGACCCAUUUUAAUGGUCAACAUUCUGUUCUGUUUCUCCCUACACUUACGCUGCUACCAUUAUGGCUCAGGCUUCAUGUGACUACCGUCAGCAAGAUUUAUGUCAUGAGUUGUUUUUUUUUUUGUUUUGUUUUUGAAUUAUUUUUUGGAUCUGUAAGUUUCUUCCACUACUUAUGAGCUUUUUGCAAAAAAUGGGGGCAAAUGGUGUAAAAUAUGGUAAAUAUAGAUCUCUAUAAAUAUUUAAUUAUUACUGCCUUGUGUCUAUACUGGUGCGACUGGGUAGGAAGAGUUUAAAUAUUCCGACUUUCAGCGUGGUAUGAAGUUUUUUUUUGUUGUUUCUGUAUUUUAUAAAUGUAAAAGGUAAACUAUGGCUAGAUACAUGUACUUGUGUCUAUGGGUUUUAUACAAAAUAGAGCGUUAGAGGAAAAAUAAACGUAGAAUGUAAAUGUAUAUAUGUAAUUAUCUCAAUAAAGUGAUUGAAUUCCAA